UUGAUGACACCUUGUACAAAAAUAUAAAUGUGCCGCUGUGGCGCUAUUACACAAGGUUGAAGGUAUGACCACAGAAUACGAUAAUAACAACAUUGCGCCGCCGCGAUUAAUAAAGAUUUUUUUUACCAUCAAUGGUCGAUGGUUAAUAACAACAAUAAUAUUAUAUUAUAAUCCUGGACGGUACUAUUUCGAAUAAUUCGGCGGAGAGUGGCAACCGGCCUUCGUCUUUUGGUUCUUCCAUGAGAUUGUCCGGUUUACGUCACACCUGCAGCAGGUUGAUUUGCCGUGAUCUCCAGCAGUGUUUACAUUCCUCCGGAGCCGUAACCGGAUCGCCAUUGCCGCCGCCUCGCCACCGGCAACCUGCUAUCAAGCUUGUACGCCCGACCCAACGUCGUCUUGACGUCGUGUCCCGACCGACUCUCGGACAACCGACAGAGUAGAUACGCAAUACCAGUUGUACGCCAGUGCGCACUAACCGAGUUGUUGUUCGAAUUCUUACUUCUUAGUUGUUGUUGUCGUCAUACCGUUAACGGCUCGUCCACUGUCCGCAGUACGCACGCUAAACCUGUGUGAAUCUGUAAAAAGGAGGUGGUAACGUUUUAUUUUUUUUUAUUAUUAUUAUUAUUCCUCCCGUCAAUUGUCGAAAACACGGUAAAAUCGUAAGUCGUGUUAUUGCACUGUUCGGAUAGUCGUCGAGAUCAAAACGGACAGUAAAUAAACAAACCAAUCGCGGGCGGUCAUCUUAUUUAUUUAAAAGUAAGUCUCGUAUAAUUUCAGUCGAACGCAAGUAAACAAUUUGCAGAUAUCCGCCGACAACAAUAUUAUGACGGAUUUCGCCCCGUCCGAAAAGCGCAACAGAAAAUUAAUGAGUGGACGAACACAACUAUGAGUGAUGAGGGAAGAAGAUUUAGAAAUAGCGUUAAAGGUGGUGAUCGUGGGAAAUGGCGCAGUCGGAAAAUCGAGUAUGAUUCAACGUUACUGCAGAGGAACAUUUACUCGAGAUUAUAAAAAAACAAUUGGAGUAGACUUUUUGGAAAGACAAAUAGAAUGCAAUGGGGAAGACGUGAGAUUAAUGUUAUGGGAUACAGCAGGCCAAGAAGAAUUUGAUGCCAUUACCAAAGCAUAUUACAGAGGAGCUCAAGCUUGUGUGUUGGCAUUUUCCACAACAGACAGAGAUUCUUUUGAAGCGAUUCACUCAUGGAAAAUCAAGGUGGAAGAUGAAUGUGGAAAGAUACCAACAGUUAUUGUUCAAAAUAAGGUUGAUUUGAUAGAACGCAGCCAAGUCAAUCCACAAGAAGUUGAUAUUCUUGCCCGGUCGUUAGGUUGCAAGCUAAUAUGUACAUCAGUAAAAGACGACGUCAAUGUCAAUAAUGUAUUCAGGUAUUUGGCUACGCGAUGUUUGAAGGAAAUACAAAAAGAAGAACAGGAAUAUAUGUCAGGAAAUGGAUUACAUCAAACAUAUACAAUAGGUUCAUUUGGUGCAGUUCCAUACCACAACAGAAAUUCUUCAACCACAAUAAAAUUGAGAUCAGGAAAAAUAAGACAAAAGAAAAAAAAUAUCUUUAAGAACUCUUGUGUCAUACCAUAGUAGUUUAAACUUUAAAUAAUAACUUUUCAAGUAUAAAAAUGUUUAAUGUGUAAUUAAUAAUAUAUGAAACAAUAUAGCAAUAUUGAAAAACAA